AUGUCCAGCAAACCUUCCGCGCAGCCCCAUGCCGUUUUCUUCAUCAAUGAGCUCCUGGAGAACAUUCUGCUGCACACAGACAUGAGGACCCUCCUAACGUCCGGUCAGCGUGUAUGCCAUGGCUGGAAGGAGACGAUAGAUUCAUCGCCAAAGCUCCAAGAGCACCUUUUCCUCAGACCAUCCAAAUCUCAAGUAUCAUGCUCUUGUCAACGAUCUCGCAACCCGCUCCUGGAAGAUGUUCUCUGGGCCCAGUUCUUCAUCAAGCAGCAACAAACCUCAGAUUCACCAGCCGAAGUCAGCAGGUUUCCCCUGCGCGAAUCGGAUCGGCCAAGGCUCGAGGCCUAUCUGCGGAAAGACGCCAGUUGGAAACAGAUGCUUCUACAGCAACCCCCAACAUCAUCAAUUGGCGUGCUCGAAAUAAUCAGAAGAUCAGAUUCCGAAUUCACAAAGUUGGAUGUCAGUCCAGACUCGGGGUUUCUCCGGAUGGGUCAUAUCUUGAAUCUCCUGCAGGGACGCAGCACGUUGGUUCCGACGCGCAAUAAAUGGAUUCUCUGGAGUGGUCGGUCACGAAUCCGAAUGCCUCUCAACUUCGAGCUCUGGGCGCCAAAAUGGGUAUACGAGCCGAGUACAUUGCGACCGGUUCAUGAAUGGAUACCCGAUAACAUCGACUGGGACAGUCUACGACUUGAAGUCGCGUCGAUGUACUUGAACGACUUCGAAUGUGAUUUGGUCAUUGUAUCAGAGCGGAGACAAAAGUUGUUCCAGGGUGAUGAUCGAGUCCACAAGGAGAGUAAACUCGAUCGUCGGCUUGAGAAGGUAUUUGGGGAGUGUCGGGUUGGGAUUGGAAGGCGGCAUAUCAAUCAUUCUUGGAUUCCUAUCAAGGGGGUGGGUGUUGAUCGGAGAUGGGUAUUGAGGCCAUGUUCUGCUACACCUCUUGUUCCGAAUCUGAGUGCCAUGUCCGAUUUCUCUGAUUCGUCUUCGGUUUCCUCUUCGUUUUCCUUGUCUGUCUGA